UUUUCUGCAAAAUCACAGUUUUGCGAUAGUUUUCACAGAAUUCUCUCUUCUGCUUGAAAAAAAGUUCUCAUCAUGACUGGUCGUGGAAAGGGAGGAAAAGGUUUGGGAAAAGGAGGAGCAAAGAGACAUAGGAAGGUACUUCGUGAUAACAUCCAAGGUAUCACGAAGCCUGCCAUUCGUCGUCUGGCAAGACGUGGCGGUGUGAAGCGAAUUUCGGGCUUGAUUUACGAAGAAACUCGAGGUGUACUGAAGGUGUUCCUCGAGAAUGUCAUCCGUGACGCUGUCACAUACACCGAACAUGCGAAAAGGAAAACUGUGACAGCUAUGGACGUAGUUUAUGCCUUGAAACGUCAAGGAAGAACACUGUAUGGAUUUGGCGGUUAAAUUUCUACUUCAGUAAAGGUUCUCUCUCCACGUAACAAAACGGCUCUUAUAAGAG